AUGAGCUUCAAUCUACCUAACCCCAGUCUUUUGGGUAUUCUCCUUAUCAUAUCCACUCAUAGUGGCCCUCAAUUGGUCUUCAACUAUCCUACCAAUUUAUCAGGGGAAGCUAACGAUGGACAAGUGACAUCGGAUGAGGAGGAUGAGGAUGAGGAGGGACAUGAUGCAGACCCCGAGCAAACACUUACACACAAUCAAAACUUACCCAAAGUAAGUGAAGCAUUAUCUCCUAAUCCAUCAUUGGCUCCCAAACUGAAGUCUACCGUGAUAACAAAAUUCAAAUCUAGCGAGUGGGACUCACAUCAUUUGGACUUUUAUAUGGGAACCAAGAAGGACUUAUUGCUGUUCUUGGACGAGCAAGAAUUGACAAGAAAGAAUUACCAGAGUGAAAAGAAUUAUACUACAGAUGCUGAUGAAGAGUCCACCUCAAAAUCAACUUCAAAGAAUAAAUCGAUAUUUGGGGUUGAACCAACCUACUUAUGUGAAAUGCUUUCACCACCCAAGAAUAUGUGUAACUCAAGGUUUGAAAUAAUGGUGGACAACAAAAUAUUUUUAGGGUUACCGAUUCAUAAGUAUGCCAAUGGGAACUGGAGACUUCGGAAAGGAGAUCGAGAGACCACAGUGAGAAGCAAGAAAGACUCAUCAUCUAGAGAGAAGCCUGAGAGAAUAGAUUCGGACUCUAACAAUGAAGAACCCUUUAAAUCAUCCAAUGGGAUAGAUCUGAAAGGAACAGGAAAGGCUGGUUCAACUAGCAUCAACAUGUUCCAUUUGGUUUUUAUUAUGAAUCCUCCGGUAAUUGAAAGCACUUAUAGAGUCGAUGAAAUGUUUCACUACGUUAUCUCAAGACUUUCAUUAGUCUUGAGAUAUGAACAGCUGAAGUAUGAUUACAUCUCACUGCAAGUGAAACUGAUCAUCAACCUCAAAGAACAAUAUACUGAAGAGUAUGGCCUCACCCAGCAUCUUAUCAGCAAAUCUUCUUUGUGCAAAUUAAUAUGCGACUGCUACAAUUCAAUUUCACAAUCCAAGAUAGCGAAUCUCUCAGUUAAUAACAAACUAAGAUCUUUCCAGAUUCCUAUCAAAACAGAAUUUCAUUCCUUGCCAGAAGUUUCAGUCCCAUUCAUACCAGGUUCUCAUUUAUCUUCCACAGUAAAUUUACUUGAGAACUCUGGUCUAAUCAGUGUAGGUGAAACUACAAGAUACAGCCAGUCAAGUCAAAUCGAUCCAAGCUAUCUUUCAACUUUGGAUCAAGAAGAUGGAACAAAUUCAUCAGAUGAUGUUAUUUUCUUUGCCUUGCUACUCUUAGAUGAUCCGGAAUCAAUAAUUAGAGAUAUCAAAACUGAGCAAGAUAGCACGUUAGCGAGGUUCAUCAGAAUGAUAAAGCCUACAGAGUCACUCUUAAAACUAACUUUGAGGAAUACCAGUUUAGACAGAAUGCAAAUAAAAUCUUUUGCAUUCCACUUGAUUUACUGGAGGAGAGCAAGGGUAAUACAGCCCUUGAGUACAAGAUCCACAUAUAUCAUCUCACCAAUGUCACCAAUAACUAUCAACUUGUUUAACGACAUCAAGAGAUUCAAGAAGGCACACCCAGCAAUACCAUCGUUACCCAACUUUCUUAAGUUGUUAUCCCCCAAGUCCAGGAAACCACAACAGUUUGCAUCCGUGAUACCAUCAAAGGAUCAUAGGGACAUCUAUUUGGAGGCCUUGGGUUGGCUUAUCAGAUAUGGUUAUGUAACACAAUUGCAAACCUUCAUUUGGUUGAAAAUCUCUAGAAAUGUGAAAAUUAAGGUUGAUGAAGACCUUGAGAACGAAAAUGCAACUAAAAAAAGGUCUAGUGUAUCGAAAAAGGCCGCUGUUGGUGGAACAGAUAACACCUCGAAAGAUGUUAAGAGACCAAUACUACCACCUCAAGAUCACGAAGUUGCGAAGAAAAAUGUUGACGAUGAAAUUGAUAAGAUGAAGGAAAUUCUUAAAGCAGUUAAUUCAGGCCACAAUGUGAGUGUAGAGGAAGAUGAUGAUACGAUUAUACUCGAUCCUGGGAGGGCUACAGCUUUGGAACGCAGAUGGAUCAACAAAAUAAUCUUUGAGGAAUGCAAAUUGUCAAGUGAGUUAAUUGCUAUAUUCUACAAAUUGCUCAAAUAUAUGAAUGGAAAAAGUCCCUUGGAGCUUUUAUUAUUGAAGGAAAAUGUAUCCAGAGGUGACUUGAGGAAGUUGUUAUUUGCUAUCGAAGAUCAUAUCAUUUCGGUAAGACAUUGGUAA